CUCUCUCUCUCUCCUCCCUUCUUUCUCUCUCCUCAUUUCUUCAGUCUUUCACUCUCUCUCUCUUAUCGACGACAAAAUUUUCGGACCCAGAAAAACUCGGGAGAGAAGAUCGCUCGAGCUUAGACUUUAUUACGUUCCAUUCUGGGAAAAUGCAAAAACUCGGCUGAAUUACCCGGCAAUUAAUCGCCACCCCUGGAAGGUCAUGCAAUUUAAGCUCUCACCCCAUGCCCAUUUCAUUUGAUUCUUUCCCUUAAGGUGAGAAUCCACUCUCUCCUCAAAUUGCAAUUCUCUGCCCCCCAUUAUUUUUUAUGAGAGUUUUUCGAUUACCCGCGCAUUAAUCUAAUUAAUUUUUCGAUUUAGAGAGAAGAAUUCCCAAUUGUGUGUCCUAAUUUCUAAAGACCCCAACUUUCACAUCGUGAUUGGAUUUUGAAUCGAUUGAAUAUCUGUGGGAGCUUUCAAGAACAAGUUGGAGUUUUAAUUUUUUAUUUUUUUUUAAUUUGAUUUAGGGAUCUGGGUUUUAUUAAUCAAAGGGUUUCUCUUGAAUCCCGGGGAUUUGGAAUUUUGGAUUUGCGAAGUUCAAUUGUUUCUGGGGAUUUUCGAUUUUUUCCCUUUUGGUUUGGUUUGGUUCUGUUUGUACAGAUUUUGGUCUUUGGGUCUUGUUUUAAAAUUAAUUUAGCAUCUGGGUUUUUGAUCAAUGUGAUCAAAGGGCCUUGGGUUUGAAGGGCCUUGAAUUUGGAUAUCAACAGGUGAAAAAAAAAUUAAAAGGGAGGGUCCUGGUUUUUAUUUUUGAUUUGGGGGUUUGAAUUUGAAAGAAGAACAAAAAAGUUUUGUCUUUGGAAAAUGUCUCUUGCUGAUGUUGCCCUGAGCCCGGGACAUUUUGCUUCUGCUGCUGAUGGGGUUUUCGAAAGCCAGCAGGGGCAUUGUUCUAGUGAAUCAAUCAUGUUGUAUCUCAGGGUUGCUGGCUCCGUGACCCCUAUGCAUGUUUUGGACUCCGAUUCCAUUGCUUCGGUGAAGCUAAGGAUCCAAACGUGCAAAGGGUUCGUGGUGAAGAAGCAGAAGCUUGUUUUCGAAGGCAGGGAAUUGGCCCGGAACGACUCUCUCGUUAAGGACUAUGGCAUCACUGGUGAGAAUGUGUUGCAUUUGGUUCUUAGGCUUUCUGAUCUUUUGCAUAUCACUGUUAGGACCAUUGGUGGGAAGGAAUUUGAUUUCCAUGUAGAUAGACAUCGAAAUGUCGGGUACCUCAAGCAACGGGUUUUGAAGAAGGGGAAGGCUUAUGAUCCCGAGGAUCAGGAGCUUUUCUGCAAUGGUGAAAAGCUUGAUGACCAGAGGCUCAUUGAUGAUAUUUGUAAGAACACUGAUGAUGUCAUUCACUUGGUGGUUCAGAAAUCUGCCGAGGUUAGGGCUAAGCAUUAUGAGAAAGAUUUGGAGCUUUCAGUUGUGGCACCGCUUUCGGAUGAAUGCAGAGAAGAGGUCAAUGGAGUGGCCAACCACCGAUCCGAGAGGGUUCCAUUUGUAACAUGCCAGUUACCUUUAUUCAAUCCAGAUUUCUUGUUGGAACCAAUUGUUGUGAAUCCCAAGGUUAAGCUUCCCUCUUAUGUAUGGGACAUGCUUAAUUCCACAUUUGAUGGUUUGAAGAAGGGCAAUCAACCUAUUAGGUCAUCCGAAGGCACUGGAGGAACUUAUUUCAUGCAAGAUUCCUUCCAGGAGUUUAUUUCUGUUUUCAAGCCUGUGGAUGAGGAGCCUAAUGCAGUGAACAAUCCCCAUGGCUUGCCCGCAUCCCCAGAUGGUGAAGGUUUGAAAAGGGGAACAAGGGUAGGAGAAGGAGCAGUGAGGGAAGUGGCAGCAUACUUGUUGGAUCAUCCCAAGAGCGGGCCUCGCAAUUUAUCAAACGAGACCAUUGGCUUUGCUGGGGUGCCUCCGACCAUUUUGGUUAGGUGCUUGCAUAAAAGUUUUAAUCAUCCGCAGGGGUAUGAUUGCUCAUCAAAGAAUGUUAAGAUGGGAUCAUUGCAAGUGUACAUGAAGAAUGAUGGAAGUUGUGAGGACAUGGGUCCUAGUCGUUUCCCAGUAGAGGAGGUGCACAAGAUUAGUGUUUUUGAUUUAAGAAUGGCAAAUGCAGACAGGCAUGCUGGCAAUAUUUUGUUUAGAAAAGGGGAAGAUGGUAAGAUACUGCUCAUUCCUAUUGACCAUGGGUACUGCCUUCCAGAGAAUUUUGAAGAUUGCACUUUCGAUUGGCUUUAUUGGCCACAAGCUCGCCAGGCUUAUUCUCCUGACACCAUUGAGUACAUAAAUUCUUUGGAUGCUGAACAAGAUAUUGCACUUUUGAAAUUUUACGGGUGGGACAUUCCAAUUGAGUGUGCCCGCACGCUCCGUAUCUCCACCAUGCUUCUGAAAAAAGGGGUAAAGAGAGGUCUCACCCCUUUUGCCAUUGGGAGCCUCAUGUGCAGAGAAAACAUAAACAAAGAGUCAGUGAUUGAGGGGAUAGUGCGUGAAGCUCAGGAUUCCUUGCUCCCGGGCAUGAGUGAAGCUGCAUUUCUUGAAGUCAUCUCCGAGAUCAUGGAUUCCCAGCUCGACAAGCUUACAAAGUAAAUUUCUAUAUUAUAGGUACAUAUAUGUAUGUAAUGAAUGAAUGACCAGUCCAUUUUUGGAUGGACUGGAAGGUUGUAUGAAAUGUGGAUGGCUUAUGUAGUUUCGUAUAAUAAGCCUGAAAGUUUCGCUUUCAUUUCUGUCAACUGACGGAGAUAAUACAAAGACUUAUGUCAACUGUUAUUUAAGAUGGUCAUGAAUAAGAUCUAUUCCUAUUUAUGGAUUACACAGGA